AUGGAGCUGGCCAGCCCCCCGAAGAGCCUGAUGCCCCAGUUUCAGAGCAGCGUCAUCUGCCACAGUGUGGACCACUUGGUCCUGUCCCCAGAUUGUCUCCAGGGCCAUGCACAAAGCGAGACGUAUCCAGGGCGCCACUGUGCCACCUACCGGCCCUGGUUCUCGCCCUACACCUACUUCGUGUGUCCUGACAAGGGCAACCAAAUGGAAGCUUCAGGACUCCACGAGUGGCUGCGGGACGAGGGCUGGGGGGACGGCUGGCAAGCUGAGGAAGUGGGCACCGAGAGUCUGUGCUCCUCAGGAUCUUCCCUGGAGAAUGCCUGUACCCUCAGGGAGGCCAGACGGCGGGCCCGCACAGACCGCAUCACCUCCCGAGACAUCCUGGCUGCCUGCCAUGGGCAGUUGGCCCCCCAGAAUGGCUACAAGUGUGCGGCAUGCUGCCGCCUGUACCCCACUCUGCACUCGCUCAAGAGCCACAUCCGGGGUGGCUCCCGAGAGGGCUUCAGUUGUGGCGUGUACUACCGCAAGCUCAAGGCGCUGUGGGGCCGGGAGAAGACGUGGCCAGGGGAACGGGUCCUGGAGGGCACUGGCCUAUAG